GAUGCGCUGUGUCCCUCGGUCACCGAUCACGGAAAGAGCCGAAGAUGUCGGCUCGGUCAUGUGAUCAGCUGUGUCCAAUCACAGCUGAUCACAUGGGACAUGUACACUGAUCAUCAGGGCACUGAUGAUCAGUGUGCCCUGAUGAUCAGUGUAGCCCCAGCAGUGCCACCUGUCAGUGUCCAUCAGUGCUUACGUCAGUGUCCAUCAGUGCCACGUGCCAGUGCACAUCAAUGCCACAUAUCAGUGCCCAUCUGAGCUGCCUUUCAGUGUCACCCAUCAGUGCCAAUCAGUGCCACCUAUCAGUGCUGCCAAUCAGUGCCACCUAUUAGUGCCAGUCAGUGCCGCCUAUCAGUGCGCAUCAGUGUCGUCUAUCAGUGCCAGUCAGUG